CUCAGUUUCAGCGUCGCAAUAAAAUCAAAACUAAAUACAAUGUUUAAUCGCACGAAGGAUGCAUUUGCUGCAAUAUCGUUUGCCCUUUUACUCGUUUGUGUGCAGAGUUUUCCUGAAGAUGAAAUGGAUGAGAUGGUAACAAAGUGUUUGGCCGACAACGAUAUCGAGAGAGCUGAGUAUGAGACAUUGCUGAGCCAAAACAACUCCGAUAUAGAUAUGGAUAGCAUUGAUAAGAAAUACAAGUGCUACUUGCACUGCAUGGCCACGGAAAUGCACAUUCUAGACUCGAAUGGACAUGUGG